AUUGAUGCUUUAUUACCGUGAAGACUGCUUUCGAAAUAAACAAGGACUGUAGACCAGUUGAUCAAAAGAGAGAAGGAACAUAAUAGACAGCAUGAUGAGUUACCGCACAGCAAGGUACGAAAUUAGACAUUGCCAGAGAUCGCCACCUUAACUGCUAGUGGCCCCCGACCCAGUGUCGCUGACGAUUGCCCCACCUCUCACACGCAUAACACAAACAACCAAGCAAACACUUUUCACAUAUUGCAGGUAAUAUUAUUUUCUGAAUUUUUUUUUGGACUUUUUUUUUAAAAAAAAUUUCCAGCGCAUUUUAAGUAACCUCCAAGGCUAGCACAUCUAUAUAAGUUCUAGAACGAUGCAUGUCAAUAUAUAGCUUCAGCUUCGUAAACAUGAUUUCGAAAAUACCAAAUUGCUCUCCGAGAAGACAUGUUCACGUGUUCAUCCUCUAUCAAAUAGCUGUUGCAGCUACUGCAACUGCCGCUUUCAUUUUUACCAAUGAAACAGAUUACCAGGCAUUGCUGGCCUUCAAAGGUCAGAUAGCCUCCGACCCAUCUGAUGCCCUUCGCUCUUGGAAUGAUUCAGUCCACUUCUGUGCUUGGAUAGGAGUUUUGUGCGGUAAGAAGCAUCAGCGUGUGACUGAACUUCGACUCCAAUCCCUUCAGCUGGCAGGUCCUCUGUCUCCUCAUAUCUGGAAUCUUAGCUUCCUAAGAGUCCUUAACCUCGACGAUAAUAACUUGAACGGGAUACUACCCCAAGAGAUUGGUCGGUUAUCGAGGUUACAGGCUAUUCGUUUAAGCAACAAUUCUUUUGAAGGAGAGCUGCCAAGAAAUUUGACUAAUUGUGCAAACCUCAGGGGCCUAUACUUGACUGGCAACAAUCUUGUGGGACAAAUCCCGGAUGAGCUCGGUUCUCUGAUGAAGCUCACAGACUUAGUGCUCUUCUUGAAUCGUUUCACUGGUGAAAUACCCCCUGUGCUGGGGAAUCUCUCUGCUUUCAUCCGACUUUCUCUAGGCCGCAAUCACAUUACUGGGAGCAUUCCAGCACAACUCGGACAUCUCUCCAACUUAGAGUAUCUCCAGUUAGGAGGUAACAAUCUUUCUAGUCACAUUCCCACCUCUCUCUACAAUAUCUCAUCCAUCCGAACUUUCGCGGUUGCGCAGAACAAUCUUGGGGGGUCCCUUCCUUCUGAUCUAUUCCUAGCUUUACCAAAACUGGAAGGGUUGCAUUUCGGUGUUAAUGAGUUUUCAGGAUUGGUUCCCAGCACAAUACGCAAUGCUUCUCAAGCUGUACAAUUGGAUUUCAGUACGAACACCCUUGUAGGACCGAUCCCCGAGGACUUGAGAGGCCUUAAGAAUUUGGAAUUUCUUAAUUUUGAAAUAAACAAUCUAGGGACUGUAGAAGGGGGUGAUUUGAACUUCCUUACCUCCUUAAUAAACUGCACCAAACUACAAGCGUUUUCUGCCUCCUACAACAGGCUCCAGGGCAUCUUGCCGGAUUCUGUUGCAAAUUUGUCGUCCACCUUGACCAAGCUUCUGCUGGCCGGAAACUUCAUAUCAGGAAUCAUACCUUCAGGGAUAGAUAACCUUGUGAACUUGCAGCAUCUCGCGCUCCCGGGAAACAUGCUUACGGGGAGAAUAUCGAGCUCCUUCGGAAAAUUCUCCAAGCUGCAGAUACUCAACCUUUGUGAGAAUAAUCUCUCAGGAGUGAUUCCAUCUUCCCUUGGCAACCUGACCUCGCUCUUUCUCCUCUACAUUGCACACAAUAUGCUGGAGGGAACUAUGCCGGCUUCUCUAGGGAAUUGCACACAACUGAAUGAGCUAUACCUUGGUGAGAAUCUCCUAGUCGGCAAACUGCCCCCGGAGCUCUUUGGCUUGUCUUCGCUCUCAAAUGGUCUAUCACUAGCAGGAAAUUAUUUAACUGGUCCUAUUCCAUCUGAGGUUGGUAAACUAGUGAAUCUCGAGACAUUAAAUGUAUCGGAGAACAACUUGUCUGGAGAAAUUCCACCCACUUUAGGUGAUUGUCUGGUCCUGGAAUACCUCUAUUUGGAAGGUAACCAAUUCAAAGGAACCAUUCCGCCUUCUAUGUCAAAACUACGAGGUUUGAAGGUACUAGAUCUUUCACGAAACAACUUUUCGGGGCAAAUCCCUGGAUUUCUAGCCGAGCUCCCUUUCAUCGAAAGUCUUAACCUUUCCUUCAAUAAGUUCGGGGGAGAAGUGCCAAACAAUGGAAUAUUUCGUAACCUCAGUGCGGUUUCAGUUGUUGGAAAUAAUAAUCUCUGUGGUGGACCUCCCUCCUUGCAAUUGCCCAAAUGUAAAGGGGGUGCACCAAAGAGAGAUCGUAAUCGGAGGACAGUUUUGGCGAUCACUAUCACAAUCUCAAUUUUCUCCCUGUUAGUAGGAAUCAUUGCCAUGAUUCUUUUUCGUCUGAAAAGGUCCAAAAGCGAAACUGCCUUCACUUCUUCAACCGAGGAUCAUCACCCUAGGCUAUCUUAUAUUGACCUUUCUCAAGCAACAGAUGGGUUCUCUCCUACAAAUAUGAUCGGUGAAGGAAGCUUUGGUGUAGUCUACAAAGGCGUUCUGAGAAGCAACGGACAAAUUGUGGCCGUGAAGGUACUCAAACUUGAAGAACAAGGAGCGAGCAAGAGUUUCAUGGCUGAAUGCGAGGCCUUAAGAAGCAUUCGGCAUCGGAACCUUGUCAAAACUAUCACUUCUUGCUCGACGGUUGAUUUCCAUGGACAGGAUUUCAAGGCUCUGGUUUUUGAGUUCAUGCCCAACGGAAGCCUCGAGAAAUGGCUACACCCAAUCCGAAAUGAGAUCGAAGGAAAUGACAGUGACACAAGAUUGAGUGUAAUUCAGAGGUUGAACAUAGCCAUUGAUGUUGCUGCAGCAGUGGACUAUCUCCACAAUGUCAUAGUUCACUCUGACUUAAAGCCGAGCAAUGUUCUUCUCGACAGUGAUUUUUCGGCGCAAGUAAGUGAUUUUGGCCUUUCAAAGUUUCUCACUGUCAAAGCAUCGGGAACACAUAGUAGUUCGAUCGGGAUCAGUGGAACGGUUGGCUAUGUUGCACCAGAAUAUGGUGUUGGUGGGAGAGUAUCGACACGGGGGGACAUCUACAGCUUUGGGAUUCUCUUGCUCGAACUGUUCACUGGGAAGAGACCCACAGCGUCCAUUUUCGGAGGUGGGUUUAGCUUGCGUGAAUUUGUAGAGAGCUCACCUCCUGAUGAGCUGAAUCAGGUGCUAGACCCAUUGCUUUGCUUGGGAGAAGUACAAGGCGGUCUCCAGCAGUGCUUGCUCUCAGUCCUCAGAGUCGGGCUCAUGUGCUCAGCUGCUCAACCAAAUGAUAGGAUGGACAUUGGAGAAGCAGCUUUAGAAUUGCAAAAGGCUCGGGAUGUUCUUGAAAUUUGCACGGAAGGGAGCAAAGCGAAAGGCUAUAUGCUUGAUAUGUAAUUAGCAACUGAUGACUUGAUGCUUUCAUUUCAAGUCAUCGGUUGCUUAUAAAUGAUGUCAUAAAAGGUUUUCAGUUGGAGUUAAUGAUCAGACACAUUCUCCAACUUCAAGUUGUCAAAGAAAUAAAUGUCUUCAUUCUCUUUUC